GGUGUGUGGUCGCGUCUUGAAGUGCACAGCGCCCCGACGGAGAGUAGUGGACUGCUUUACGCACCGAUACGCACUGCAUCCCUGUGGCUCUCCAGAAAUUUUAGCAAGGGUGAGAAGGUUCACAGGACAGCACUGGGCGCUGGGUUUGGUGUUCAGAGAUGACCAACGACACCGUCCUGCUGCUGGAAGACUAUGAGAUCAACGCCUCCGAGCAGCUCAGCCCCCUGGCGCUGGUCCUCCACAACCGCAGCGCGUUCCCGCCGCUGAACCUGCAGUCCAGCUCCCUGGUCACCUCGGCCACCAUGUUCGCGGUGGGGGUCCUGGGGAACGUCAUUGCCAUCGUGGUGUUGUGCAUCUCCAAGAAAGAGCAGAAGGAGACCAUCUUCUACACGCUGGUGUGCGGCAUGGCCGUCACCGACCUGCUGGGGACGUGCUUCACCAGCCCGGUGGUGAUCGCCACCUACGUGGCCGGACGGUGGCCGGGCGGGGUCCUGCUGUGCGACUACUUCUCCUUCUCCAUGCUGUUCUUCGGCUCGGCCGGGAUGUCCAUCAUGUGCGCCAUGGCCGUGGAGCGCUACCUGGCCAUCAGCCACGCGUACUUCUAUUCGCAGCACAUUGACCGCUCCAUGGCGCGCCUCGCGCUCAUCGCCAUCUACCUGGCCAACAUCACGCUGUGUGUCAUGCCCAGUUUCGGGUUUGGAAGGCAUGUCCGUCACUACCCGGGGACUUGGUGUUUUCUGGACUGGAGGGCGACGGAUCCACUGGGUGCGUCUUACUCAUUUCUCUACGGCGGCGUAAUGUUGGUUUUAAUCGCCGUGACCGUUUUGUGCAAUUAUGCCGUAUGCAGGUCGCUGGUGGGGAUGAACCAGAGGUACACAAGGACAGUCAAGACGGAGGCGUCCAUGCGCAGCGGGGCGCGGCGCCGCUUCCCCCGCAUGCCAUCGGUCACCUCCGCCGCGGAGAUGCAGAUGCUUUGGCUUCUCAUCCUGAUGACGAUUGUAUUCCUCGUCUGUUCCAUCCCCUUUGUGGUAAAUCCAUCUAACGAAAAAUACUGUAUAAAAGUUUGCCAAAAGGUCUAAUCUGUUCUUGUGCAUAAAGCCCCCUCCUCGCAUAA